UGCAUUCAGAGCCCUGGCUUGUGGCGCUGGUAGUUAGGUCGCCAGGCACAGGCGCGAUGGAGGCUGCUGCGGCCGCAGCCCGGCUGGGCACCAUCCUGCGGCACCUCUGUCCCCGGACGGGCGCUGCCGCCCUCACAACAUUUCCGACUUCAGCACAAAUUGCUUCUGUUAAACACCCAAUGGAGUUUCAUUACACCCUGGACAAUAACCUUUUAACUCCAGAGCAGAGGCACUUUUAUGAAGAAAAUGGUUACCUGGUCAUUAAAAACCUGGUUUCUGGUGAAGACAUUGAGCGUUUCAGAAAUGAAUUUGCAAAGAUCUGUGAAAAGGAGGUACAAGUGCCCGGCUUAAUCAUAAUGAGGGAUGUGGCCAUUGCUAAAUCAGAGUUUGUUCCAGAUCAAAAAGCAGUUACUAAAAUACAGGAUUUUCAGGAAGAUGAAGAGCUCUUCAGAUAUUGUACCAUGCCUCAGAUCCUAAAAUACGUUGAGUGCUUCACAGGGCCAAACAUCAUGGCCAUGCACACGAUGUUGAUAAAUAAACCUCCAGAUUCUGGCAAGAAGAGCUCUCGCCAUCCCAUGCAUCAGGAUUUGCACUACUUUCCAUUCCGGCCUGCAGAUCUCAUUGUGUGUUCCUGGACUGCCAUGGAGCGGAUAGAUCGCAGCAAUGGCUGCCUGGUUGUUUUGCCAGGAACACACAAGGGUUCCCUGAAGCAACACGAUUACCCUGAUUGGGAGGGUGGCGUUAACAAGAUGUACCAUGGAGUGCGUGAUUACAACAAAAACCUUCCCAGGGUUCACCUUGUUAUGGAGAAGGGAGACACAGUAUUCUUCCAUCCCUUGUUGAUUCAUGGCUCUGGAAUGAACAGAACUCAAGGCUUCCGGAAGGCGAUAUCUUGUCACUAUGCUAGUGCAGAUUGCCACUAUAUUGAAGUCAAGGGCACGAGUCAAGAAAACAUUGAGAAAGAAGUUGUAGAAAUUACACAAAGAAAAUAUGGUGUGAGCACGCCUAUCACUCUGAAGGUCAUUGAUGACGAUAUUAAAUAUCACUGAGCCAAGAACCAAUCCCUAUAGGACUCCACUAAAAACACACCUCCUCAAUGAUGAUUCCCUAUUUACAAUUACAUUUUGAGACUUGUUAGCCAGUUUUUAAUUCAUGUAAUAUGUGUCAUGUUCAUUUUGUAUUGUUCUAGUUUCUUAAUCAAAUUGUUGUGCAGUCAAAUGCCUUGCAGAUGACGUAACUAUAUUAGAUCAACAGUGUUGCAGGAGCAGCAGUGAUCUGUAUGUGCUGUAUAACUAUGCUAUGUAUAACCUGUAUACUCAAAAGGUCUGUUGUACUUCCCCCCACCGCCCUUUUGUCUUCGCUUCCUCUCUGAAUACCUGUGAAGUGCUUUCCCCAUCCCCCCGCCCCUUCCUCUUGGAAUGCUUGUGGGAUGAAUGGGCUGGUUGAACAGCUGGAAGAUCAGAAGAGCUUUCGGGUAGACAAGUAUCAGAGGGGUAGCCGUGUUAGUCUGGAUCUGUAAAAAGCAAUAAAGAGUUCUGUAGCACCUUAAAGACUAACAAAUGUAUUGGAGCAUAAGCUUUCCUGGGUGAAUACCCCCUUCAUCAGAUGCAUGUAGACAAGGUGUCUGGGAAUCUAAUUAAGCAGCACUCACACACCCAAUGCAUGGACUCUGCAUGGACACUGGCCGAGAUGGAGUGUGACCCAUCAGAUGCGGGUAAGUCAUCUCUAGUCGCAGGCCAUGAGGAGCAGGUCCUUGAAAGGAGAAGAGGCUAUGUGCUCAGGAGUGCACUCACAAGCUUGUACCUCCCGUGAAGGCCCUUCGCCCAGACUGCCUGGCCAGUGGUUCACCACAUUGCAUUCUAUCGUGCCUCGGCAAGACUUACCUUCAUCGCACCAUCCAUCACUGUGCUGUGGGACACUUACCUUGAAGGAUCCUGACAUCUCCAGUGCCGUGCCUGUCCUGGGAGCAUGAGUAUGCAAAUAUGAGUGUGACCCCCCGCUUCUUUUGAGCUUAGCUAUCAAUAUACUAAACAUGCUUCUUUCUGCCAAACUCUGGUGGGUCGUUAGUCCUCCCUAAGCUUACUAGCUGGCCCAAUUUCUGGUAACAAACACUACUACCUUUAUCAACUAAAGUUAUAAUAUCAGGAAACAGGUAAGUUAGUUUUACAAGAUCUAUUUUCCAUAAGCCUCCAUAAAUAUUUUCCAUAUUACCCUCCUUUAAUUCUUGAUUAACCAAGUCCAGUAUCAGCUGCUAUGUUGUUUUGCUGAAGAUUGAGAGUACACUGACAGACCUAUAAUUAUUCAGAUCAUUUUGUUUACGCUUUUUAAAUAUUGGCACAACAUUGGCUUUCUUCGUGUCUUCUGCAACUUCCCUGGUUGUCCAAGACUUAAUGAAAAAAAAUUUGCAUUAGUGGUCCAGGAAGCUCCUCAGCUAGCUCUUUUAAAGCUCUUGGAUGCAAGAUAUUCAGAUCUGCUGAUUUGAAGAUGUCUAGCUUUACUAGCUGCUGUUUAAAAUUUUCUUUAGUUACUGUUGGAAUGUUAAGUAUUUCAUCAUCAGCUUACAAACAUGAGUAUUGCAUCUGGCUUUUUCCCACAUACAGAACAGAAAUAUUUAUUAAACACUUGUACUUUUUCUGUGUUACUAUUGAUAAUUCUAUCAUUUACAUCUAGUAAUGGACCAGUACCAUUGUUAAGUAUUGUUUUGUUCCUGAUGUACUUACAAAAACAACCCUCCUUCUUAUUGUCCUUAACUCUGCUGGCCAUCGAUUCUCCUUGGGUUCUUUUGUGUUCUUUAUUAAUGCGCUACAGCUUCUAGUUUCUUAUUUAUAUUCAUUUGAAUCAACUUUCGCUAGGUUGUAUUUUUUAACCAGUGUAGCUUUCUUUCUCUGUCAAAUUGUGGCAUCUCAGAAAAUAUUCUUAGAAUUUAAACAGAAAAAUAUGAAUGAUGAUUGAAACUUUCUCCCAGCUGAUUUGGCUGAAUUAUUAAAAUUAGCUUUGUGAAACUGGUUUUUUUAAAGCACCAACUAUAUAUAUAGCUUGUUGAGAUUUUGUUCUGUUUGUACAUAAUAAAUAUAACUGUGUCAUAAUCAUUUCCAUCUAA